AUGAGGAGUAAAGAUACAGUUACAUCGACCACCAUCCGAUCUAUCCUUGCAGAAGUAUAUGCUGCUGACAAAAAAGCAAACGACGAGAAGAUAUCAUCCUCGUCUAUAGCAGCUCUCAUCAAAAAGGCUACCGCUCGUCGGGCCGAGUCUGCCAAACAGUUCACUCAGGCCUCCAGAGAGGAUCUCGCAGAGAAGGAACAGCGUGAAGUAGACCUUCUGGCCACAUAUCUUCCACCACUUCUCUCCGAAGCGGAGGUUGACGCUGCUCUAAAAGCCGCUCUUUCCGAACAAGGACAUCCGCAAGGGGACUCUCGGAAAGCGAUGGGUUUACUCUUCAAGACGUUCUACUCAAAAGUAGAUAAAUCUACCGUGGAUCCAGACCUAGUCAAAAGGCGGGCGGAGGUUCUCUUGUCGCAAUCACAAUAG